AUGCAGUUUCAGCAGUUGAUUCAUGACGUCCUUGCCAAUCAUCCGAAUCUCAGGAGUCUACGCCUCCUUGCAUGCAGACUCAUUUGGUCCUCUCCUGGGCGUCGAGGGACGGAUUUGGGCCAGUGGUGCAGCUGCUGGUGUCGUACGAGCCAUGGUAGCGACUGCGCCGCAAGAGAUUUAUCCUCCACUCGAAGCAAGAGGCAUGCUUAUUGUGUGAACUUCCGCGUCUGCCAGGAGAAUCCCUUCGAAGCGCUGAAGACUCAGAAGCAAGUAAGGGGCCUGGACUACAAGCAAGCGCUGAGAGCUGGGUGCCUCUGGCAAGGCCUGUCGGCAACAUGCUGCCGGAAUGUGGUUCUGGUUACCUUGUUCUUUGUCCUGACGGACAAGCUGAACAGGUCGAGCGAGCUGGUAAACUUCCGGCAACAUCCAUUCUUACGAGGCUGCGUUGUCACGAGCUGUUGUUGGGUGGCUGCGUGGCCACUUGAUGUGGUGAAAAGCCAGCUGCAGAGCGUUCAGGCAAUCCGGCAAACUUCAGCAGUUUUUGGUACAGGUUCUGCUUGUGUAGUCUGA